AUAUGACAGAUUAUGUUCUUCACUGGUUUUUAAGAUCAUGUGCCAAUCACGAUUAAUAUUUUUUUUUAAAUUACCAUUGAACAGAAUUCAGAGGCCCAAUUAAAUAAUCCUUCAAUUAUUGCUUUGGAAACCAAAGUCAACAAAAAUGGGCUGAGGACCCCAUUGCCUUCAGCUCUGGUUGUUUCGUUACACUUUCCUUGAAGCCUAUUAAUACAUUUGUGCUUGGUACCAAUCUGCAGCAAACUAAGAAAACUUUGUUUGAUCAUGGAUAGUAAUAACCCUACCUUUCAUCUUCAUUUUGCUCACUAUUUGCUCUUUCUGUAUUUGGCCUCUUCCUAUUACCUCUCUUUUGGUGAUGGACUUCCAAUUUUGAAAUGCACUGAGAAAGAAAGGCGUGCCCUUCUCAGCUUUAAACAAGAUCUUACCGAUCCUUCUGGUACACUUUCUUCUUGGGUUGGUCAUGAUUGCUGUCGAUGGAAAGGGAUUUCAUGCAACAACCUCACAGGCCACGUUACAAAGGUGGACCUCCGGAAACAAGUUGGCUUCUUUGGCAAGUCACGGUUGCUUUUCACAGCUCCCAUUGAUGAAGAAGAUUGGAAGGAGUUGGCUUACGAGCGGUCUUCGAACUCUAGUUUGGGGGGUAAGAUCAAUCCUUCUUUGCUUAGCUUGAAGUACUUAAUUUACCUGGACCUAAGCGAGAACAAUUUUCAUGGCAUUCCCAUUCCUAAGUUUUUUGGUCAGCUUAAAAGUUUGCAAUAUCUCAAUGUCUCCUUUGCAUCAUUUGCUGGAGAGGUUCCCUCUUCUCUUGGUAACUUGUCCAACUUGAACUAUCUUGACCUCAGUAGUAAUUUCCUUUUGUCAUGGGCAAUAUCUUCCGGAAACUUGAAUUGGCUAUCUCAUCUGACUUCCCUAAAAUAUCUGAAUCUCAAUGGAGUAAACCUUGGCAGCACAGGAGCUAGUUGGCUACAUGCUGUUAACAUGAUGCCUUCAUUGUUAGCGUUACACUUAUCUUCAUGUGAAAUUGAAAACCUUCCACUCUCAUUGCGUUCAAUUAAUUUCACAUCACUUUUGAUCCUUGAUAUCUCAAAAAACGAUAUUCAUUCUUCAUUUCCCAGCUGGUUCUUCAAUCUUACUAGCCUCAGGAAACUAGAUCUAAGAUAUAAUUCUGUCACUGGUCCCAUCCCUUCUGAGUUUACAAGCAUCAAAUAUCUAGAAUACCUUGAUUUAUCUGGUGAUGAGCUCGAGGGUCAAAUUCCAGAAUUCAUUGGAAAUUUGUGCAGACUAAAGAUCUUGAAUCUUAAUGAAAACGAAUUUGUUGGGGGGAUUGAAGUGCUUUUGAAUGGUUUCUCAAACUGUUCAGAAAAUAGAUUGGAGUCACUGGAUUUGUCUUAUAAUAGACUUGAGAGCGAAUUACCUGCCUCCUUAGUCAUGUUACACAAGUUGCAGCAUCUUAACCUGGGGUUCAACAAUUUUCAAGGCUCAAUUCCAGAAUUUAUUAGAAAUUUAUCAUCCUUGAAAACACUAAGCUUCAGCUAUAAUCUUAUGAACGGUUCUAUUCCCGAAAGUUUGGGACAACUCUCUGAGCUAGUUCACCUUGAUUUGUCUUGGAAUUCAUGGAAAGGUAUUUUAACUGAAGCUCAUUUCAUAAAUCUCACACGAUUAGAAUAUGUUGCAAUAGGCACAAAACCAGGCCAACCUAUGUCCCUCAUUUUCGACAUGGCUGAUGAAUGGCUUCCUCCUUUCACACUUCACACAGUUAACAUUAUCAACUGUCAAGUAGGUCCUGCAUUUCCCUUUUGGCUUCAAUCUAAAUCUGAACUAUCCUCAAUCACACUUCGCCGUGCUGGAAUCUCAGAUUCCAUACCAGAGGACUGGUUUUUGAAGAUAUCUUCCCAAGUUGAAUAUUUGGAUUUAUCUUAUAACCAAAUCUUUGGAAAGCUUCCAUCCCAACUGAAAUUUCCAAAUUUACAAUCUGUAGAUUUGAGUCAUAAUCAAUUAGAGGGCCCCCUUCCACUUUGGUCCACUAAUGCCACCAUUCUUGACCUUGAAAGCAAUCUAUUUUCUGGGCCAAUUCCAUCGAACUUCGACCAGUAUUUUCUCCAAUUACAAGAACUGCAUCUUUCUGAGAAUAAUUUGGGUGGUAUUAUUCCACCCAGCAUUUGCAACAUGAAAAGUUUGUCAAUCCUUUCCCUCAGGAGAAAUCAAUUAUCUGGAGAUCUUCCUCAAACAUGGAGUGUUUGCUACAACUUAACGAUUCUAGACGUUGCAAACAACAAUCUCUCUGGUAACAUUCCUAGUACAAUGGGGGUCUCAAGUCAUCUUCAAGUAUUAAAGCUGAACAACAACAAUUUUGGCGGUAAAAUUCCCUUUUCGUUACAAAAUUGUUCUGAUUUGGAAACUAUUGAUCUUGGUGGCAACAAAUUUUUUGGAAACAUACCUUUGUGGAUAGGAUCAAAAAUGAACAUGUUGAGUAUCCUAAGGUUGCGAUCCAACAAUUUAAAUGGACAUAUCCCGCAACAAGUGUGCAAUCUUCGCAACCUUCAUAUACUAGAUCUUGGUCAAAACAACUUCUCAGGGACUAUUCCCAAGUGUUUGAAUAAUAUCACUGUUUUCACAUCUGUGAAUACCCUAGGCGUCUCACCAGAUUAUAAUCAACAAACAACAGUAAUUUCAAAAGGAAGUGAACUCGAAUAUAAUACGACCUUGUUCGCGGUAAAGAGCAUUGAUCUUUCAUCAAAUAAUUUUGAAGGUGAAAUCCCUGAAGAAAUAAGCAGCCUCAUUGCAUUGGGUAUCUUGAACUUGUCAAUGAAUCAAUUAAGUGGAAACAUUCCCUCGAGAAUUGGAAACUUGCGUUGGCUGGAAACACUUGAUCUCUCACACAACCAUCUUUCGGGACAGAUACCUAAAAGAUUCUCUUCUUUAACCUCAUUGUCUCACUUGAAUUUGUCUUAUAACAAGUUGGUUGGAAGAAUUCCUUUGGGCAACCAACUUCAGACACUCGAUGAUCCAUCCAUUUAUGAAGGGAAUCCCUCAUUGUGUGGGGUUCCUCUUCCCAAGUGCCCGGGAGAUGAUACUUCCACUACCAAGGAAGCAAAAGACAAUAUUGAAGAGGGAAAUGAUAAUGGAGUGUUAUGGUUCUAUGUGAGCAUGAUACUCGGCUUUGUCGUAGGCUUUUGGGGUGUUUGUGGCACAUUACUCUUAAAGAAGUCACGGAGGUAUGCUUAUUUUCAAUUUUUUGAAGACGUCAAAGAUAAGGUAUAUCACUAGCGAUUGCAUUGAAAUUGGCUCAGCUGCAGAGGAUGUUUUGAUUGGAAAAAAGAUCUCUGCAUUUGGGCAUCUGCUUGUUUUCAUUGUUGUUUGGUUCUGAAUCCUAAGAGGUCCUGCCUCUUAUUUGCUUUGUUUCACGGUUGGCCUGGUUUCUCCUAAGCAUUGUUAGCCUUUGUAAGCUCUCAUUGUGCUCUUAUCAAUAAAGUGUUGAUUUACUUUAAAAAAAAGAAAAAAAAUUUAAAGAGUAAGGAUUGAAUGCAGAGAAAGGUCCAAACACGUUUUGUUAAAAUUUCUCGGAACGAGACAUUACCUGUCUCACACGGUAGCAUUUCAGGCUUCUUGGCAACCACAAUAACUUAUUGCUUUGGCUACCAAAGUCAAGAAAAUUUAUAAUCAAUAAUCCUAGCAUUAUUGCUUUGGCUACCAAAGUCAAGAAAACUUGGAAUUUGGAAAUUUUUAAUAUGAAUAUUACUUACUGUGCUCAGCGGCCAUCUGCAGAAAAAGUAAACAAAGAAAAUGCAUCAACUCCACUACUUGUGUGGGGACAUGGUGGACUUGCUUAAGACUAGGAAUUUGGACACCAUUGACUUCAAAAUAAUUUUAUGAGCUGCUUUCUGCUACAUGUAAUUUCACUUUGCAUGCAAUCAGUAUCCAUCUGCAACAAAGAAAGCUUUGUACAAUGGAUAGCUGCCGUGCAAACUUCAAUCCUAGCAAUCAUCUCAAAAUUGCUCACUAUUUGCUCUUUGUUUUUGGCCUCUUCAUAUCUGCAGAGCACUACUAAACUCUGUUUGGUCGAUGGACUUCCAGGCAGUGUGAAAUCAUGCAUGGAGGAAGAAAGGUGUAAAAGUUUGAGAGUGUUUGUUAGUAUUCUAGAUGAUUUUUCAGAGAGAGGAGUGAGAGGAAUGGAAGAAGAGAAAUUUGUAAAACUGCUCUACUUACUCUCUAAGUCA